GACCUUUUCAUUUUAGACGGAACAUUUUCGAAAAAUACGAAAAAUGACUUCCUCUAACAAGAUUCUUCUAGUGUUUCUUUUAUUCUUUUGUAUUCAGGACGUUGCAUCUGAAAAUGGUCUUGACGUUAGUGCGCUCAGUGGAAAAAGCAAAAAGUUCUUUUUCGAUAUGACAAAGCAAGUUAUGGGAGUUCCAUCAUUGAAGCCAGAAAACCUGGCAGCCCAAGCGUUCUUCCGUAGUUUCUUGGAUAAGUAUACAAAGUUGGAUGACAAAGUGAAAAAUGAUAUGACACAGCACGUACCAAAGGCGACGAAACUUUUUGAUGCAGCUGCAAAAAAAUACAACAUUGACCCAAGUAGCGCAUUCAAAAUGCUCUCCACCUUUUUCGAGACUUUCAAGAAAGGAGCGUCUAGUGAAAUGGCAUCGAAGGGUCUUCAAAUGGCUGGCAAACUCCUUGGCGGUAAAGGAAGUGGUGGCGGAGGUGGACUCUUGGGAUUCUUGGGAACUCGUCGUUAAUUUUUUUCAAUUUUUUCUAAAAAAGGAUUUGUAAGAUAAAGUAGUGUUUUUUUAUAUAAAAAUUUUGAAAGUGAAUA